GUUUGAUGAUAAAAGAAAAGAAAUGACAAAAAGAAAACAGUGCAUUAUUUAUAAGGUUAGCAAAUCAUGUGCUUAUUAUGGAAUAUAUGCUUGGAGUUGGACCAUAAUUCAUAUCCUUGUGUGGUCAAUGACUCCUUUUUUUUUUUUUUGACAGAAAAUCAUACAACUAUGGUGCAACUCUCACAUUGUUAUCGUGUGCUGUUUUACAUUGGAAGCGUGACUUGAUAAAAAUCUCCCAUUGUUUUUCUGACCAAGCUUUUUAAUUUUUUUUAAACCCGUCUUUGUCUCUUUCUCUUCUUCUUUUUUAUCACUGAUGCCGAAAGAAGACGAUUCAGCGAGCGAUUAUUCCGACUUAGAGUCUAUUCACUCAGAUGUAGAAGAGGAUUUAGAAGAUUACAAAAAGGGAGGAUAUCAUCCCGUGAACAUUGGCGAUCGCUUUGACAAUGGUAGAUACAUUGUCUUGCGAAAGUUGGGAUGGGGACACUUCUCUACAGUCUGGCUUGCAUUGGAUACCUUAAACGAUUCUCAUGUUGCAUUAAAGAUUGUCAAAGCAGCAAAUCGAUACACGGACAGUGCCUUGGAAGAAAUCAAGCUACUUGAAUGUGUGAAAAAGACGAAUGCGGAAUCCAAAGGAUGGCAGCAUGUAGCACAGUUACUAAACCAUUUUUGGCAUCAAGGGCCCAACGGAAAGCAUGCAUGCAUGACGUUUGAAGUGCUGGGUGAAAGUCUAUUAACCUUGAUGAAGCGGUAUAAUUACAAAGGGAUUCCACAAAAUAUUGUGAAACGUAUCGCAAAACAGGUGCUGGAAGGAUUGGAUUAUUUGCAUCGAGAAUGUGGCAUUGUUCAUACGGAUUUGAAACCAGAAAAUGUUCUCGUUUGGAUUCCAAAUAUCGAAGCAUAUUUGAAAACGGAUACAGCAGAUAUUUUAAAGGAAAUCAAGGAAAGAGAGCAUCAAUUACCUUCUCCUAAUUCAAUGACACCGACCACUCCUAAUAUAGAAAGAAGAAGAUCUUCAACAACUUCUUGGCAUGAAGGAAUGGAUGUUGAGAGUAUGUCGAAAUCCAAAAAGAAACGACUCAAGAAAAAGAUGAAGAAGAAGACAUUAGACGAUGUAGAGGAAGUAGAGGAUAAACUGGGAAACCUAAAGAUUUCAACAAAUUGGUCUACACCAAAAGAAGCCAAGGUGAUACCUUCUUCUAUUUUGGAUAUCACCUCUAUUGGAUCUGAGGAAGACCUUGAUACUAUUGUAAUUAAGAUUGCUGAUUUGGGUAACGCCUGUUGGAUGGAUGGAGAAUAUACACAUGUUAUUCAAACAAGACAAUAUCGUAGUCCAGAAGUGAUUGUGGGAGCUAAAUGGACGAAUGAGGCAGAUAUGUGGAGUGUUGCAUGCAUGAUCUUUGAAUUAUUGACAGGAGAAUUCCUAUUUGAUCCUAGGGCUGGAUCAAAAUAUAAUAAGGAUGAUGAUCACCUCGCACAAAUAUUAGAAUUAAUGCGCACAGUGCCAAAACUCUUAAUUUCAGGUGGUGAAUAUUCGCGCGAUUUCUUUGAUCGCUCAGGUAAACUCAAACACAUCAAAAAAUUACGUUAUCGUCGAUUAAGGGAUGUACUGCACGACACCUUCCUUGUGCCACCAGAAGACGCUGAUGCCGCAAGUCACUUUCUGUUACCGAUGCUUGAAAUGGACAUGACAAAACGAGCAUCUGCUAGUCACAUGUUGAAAUCCACUUGGUUAAAAGACGCAUAAACGGCUACACAAAAAAAAAAUUAUUACGCGCGUCAUUGCUGUGUUCAUUUUGCCAAGCUCAGUAGAAACUCCGUUAUACAUAUUCAUAAACAAAUUUGUUAUUAUCCCUUUCUUUUUCUUGUUUCUAAAAUUAAACUUAC